GGGAAUUUCCUCUCCUGGACUUGAAUAAUAUCCUCCUAUUAUUCACAGGAAACAAGCCUCCUAUAAAGGGGUCCCGGCAGAAGCAAUGUUCGCUGUUCUUGGCUGACUUUGCCCCGGACCUGCCAGACGGCACCAGACGGCACGAGAGGGCAGCGCGGCCCCGAGGACCCGACGCCCAGGCAGCUCUGCACGGGUGGCAGGUGCUUGACUCCUCACCGAUCAGCGGCCCCCCGCGCAGGCUCAUCUGUACCGUCGGGUGUGCCAACGGCCUUCCAGAGACACACGUCGAGUCUGACCCCUCGGGGGAAAGAAGUGCAGCCAUGACUGGGCCACGCUUUCUCUCGGCCCUCACUCUGGUGCUGCUCGCCGCAGAGAGCUCAGCCUGGUCCUACAGCGCCUCCACGGAGACCAUGACUUACGACGAGGCCAGCGCAUACUGCAGGGGGCGGUACACGCACCUGGUGGCCAUUCAGAACAAGCAGGAGAUCGAGCACCUCAACAGGGUCAUGAACUACUCGGCCAGCUACUACUGGAUCGGGAUCAGGAAGGUCAACGGCGUGUGGGUCUGGGUGGGGACCCAGAAGCCUCUGACCAAGGAGGCUGCCAACUGGGCUCCAGGAGAGCCGAACAACAAGAAGAAGGACGAGGACUGCGUGGAGAUCUACAUCCGGAGGGGCAAGGAUGAGGGCAUGUGGAAUGACGAGCCGUGCAGCAAGAAGAAGCUGGCCUUGUGCUACACAGCUGCCUGUACCCAUGCUUCCUGCAGUGGCCACGGCGAGUGUGUGGAGACCAUCGAAAACUACACUUGUGAGUGCCAUCCCGGCUUCAGCGGACCCAGGUGUGAGCAAGCGGUACAAUGUUCAAAUCUGACUGUUCCUGAAAAGCUCAACAUGAGCUGCAGUGGGAAGCCUGAAUUCGGCACCGUGUGCGAGUUCGCCUGUCCGGAGGGAUGGACACUCAAUGGGUCUGCAGCGCUGACCUGCAAUGCCUCGGGACACUGGUCCGAGCCACUGCCUACCUGCCAAGCUCCCCUGUGCAGAGCCCUCUCCGGACCAGAGCACGGCUACAUGGAUUGUCUUCCUAGAGCUUCUGGAACAUUCCAACAUGGGUCCAGCUGUGAGUUCUCCUGUGAUCAAGGAUUUGUGCCAAAGGGCUCCAGGAAGCUCCAGUGUGGCCCCACAGGGCAGUGGGAUGGCGAGGAACCCACCUGUGAAGCUGUGAAAUGUGACCCCGUGGACCAGCUACUGAGGGGCACGGUGAGGUGCUCCCACCCCACUACUGGGAACUUCACCUACAACUCCUCCUGUGCCUUCAGCUGCGAGGAAGGCUUUUCACUACAAGGAUCACCUGAACGGCAGUGCACGGCCCAGGGGCGGUGGACACAGGAGGCUCCGUUCUGCCAAGCGGUACAAUGUUCAAAUCUGACUGUUCCUGAAAAGCUCAACAUGAGCUGCAGUGGGAAGCCUGAAUUCGGCACCGUGUGUGAGUUCACCUGUCCGGAGGGAUGGACACUCAAUGGGUCUGCAGCGCUGACCUGCAAUGCCUCGGGACACUGGUCCGAGCCACUGCCUACCUGCCAAGCUCCCCCUGCGUCCAAUGUCCCCUUAGUGGUUGGACUGUCUACUGCUGGAACCUCCGUGGUGGGGCUGACAUCGUUUCUCCUCUGGCUUCUGAAACACUUGCGCAGGAAAGCUAAGAAAUUUAUUCCCGCCAGCCGCCGCCAAAGUCUGGAAUCGAAUGGAAGCUACCACAUGCUUUUUUGACUCCAUCUGAGCUCCGAGUAAUCAGGAACCCAGGUACCUCCAGGGCACCAGAGCGAUGCCCGGCAGAAGCUGAGACAGGGCGCUCUCCUCAGGUCUUUGACGCCUCACCUGCUGCCUCUCCAACUGGGCCACAGCACCCGCUGUGACUUCAAUGGAUUCAAAUCCAACGAGCAAGCCAAGCUUCCCCCGAAAAGACUGUUUCCUGGUCUCAGGAUGAAGUGCUGGCUGCCAAGGGAAAGGGUAUUCUUUUCAAGCAAAGGCAGAGACCGGGGCUCUGAACUCGCUUGGUUUCCUCGCUGUGAAAUCUUGGUGGGCGAACAGUACUUUAUGAAUUAGUUUCUUUCACCUGCCCUUCACAGUGUUCCAACUGCUGAUUAAAUAGUUGCAGGUUUGGCAAUAAAUAAUAAUUAUCAAGAGUUUAGAGGAAGCAAAUUGGGCGAAAGUAUUCUAUUUGUAACAUGAAAAAAACCACUACACUUUGUUAAUGGCCACAGGUGAAUACAUGGAAGGGUGCAAACGCUGCCAAAUGCUCUGGGCAGAGCUGACAGAGCGCAGUCCGGACUGCUCGUACCCUCCGGGGUUCGGUGCUCCCGAGUGCUCUCGGAGGGCCUGUCCUUACUUGCACCGAGCAUAGUACAAUCUUCCAGGACUCUUGAUCCACUGUAAGCAUUAUGGGGACUCAAAACAACUGUCAGUGCCGUGCACCAUAAAACACAAGAGGUUGUCCUGGCCAGGUCAGCACCUCUUUGUUUAAUAAGCUCUCGUUUCACAUCGGCACUAUGGUUAUCAAAAACGGCAGAUGUAGUCCCCUUGCCAGGCGUGCUGCUCACCAGUGGACAGUUCGGAGAGUUCUCACCCCAGCAGUUGUUCUGUAAAACAGGGAAGUAUCAGGAGAGUGAAAAUGGCAUGAGGGGUUUUUUUUUCAGGUGUUUUUUUGAAAUGUGCGGUUUCCAUGUUGAAAACAUCCAUGAGGCCAACGGUUCGGAUAUAGCAAAAGUAUAAAUUGAGACAAAUGACGGUACUGUUUACUGAAUGUCUUAGUUGAAAAAGCAUGUAGAAAUAUGAAGAUGUCUGUCAGAUGUGUAAAUGUGUAAUUUUGUAUUUUACAUAUAACUUUAAAUCCAUCAUAAAAAAAACAACUCACCAUAUGAAGAGCUCAUGGAGCAAGUUUUAAAAAUAUUGAGAUGUCUAAUAAUAGUAGUCUAGCUGUCUUAUUUCAUGUGUUAGGAUGCCUGGAAGAGGGAAACACGUGUGAGCAAGUAUUCGU